AUGUUCGUUUUAAACCGAACUGCUGGCAUAGUCCACCGUGCAGUGCCUCUACUGGCGCCGACAACAUCAGCAGUGAAAAAUGCACAACUCCACACAACACAACAAUUGUCAAAGGAGGACUACUAUAAAACGCUGGGCGUUGACAAGAAGGCUGAUGCAAAAUCCAUUAAAAAGGCGUAUUUUCAACUUGCCAAAAAAUACCAUCCGGAUGUGAACAAAACGAAAGAGGCGCAGACGAAAUUCCAGGAGAUUUCUGAGGCUUAUGAAGUCCUCUCCGAUGAUUCAAAGCGUCAAGAAUACGAUUCGUUUGGUAGUGGUGGUGGGGCUGCUGGAAGGGGCGGAGCUCCGGGCGGUGGAUUCCAUUAUCAUGGAAAUGUCGAUGUUAAUGAGAUCUUUAGACGAGCGUUCGGAGGAGGAGCUGGAGGGGGUGGAAUGGGAGGUUUCAACUUCGACAACUUUGCCCAAUCGGCAUUUGGCCAUUCGGCUGCUCAAGAGAUGGUAAUGGAUAUUUCAUUCGAAGAAGCCGUUCGAGGAGCCACUAAAAAUGUAUUCGUCAACGUUGUCGAGGAUUGUCUAAAGUGUCACGGAUCACAAGUCGAGCCAGGAUUCAAAAAGACGACGUGCCCGUAUUGUAACGGUACUGGAGCGAUUUCCCAACGUCUUCAGGGCGGAUUCUUCUAUCAGACGACGUGUAAUAGAUGUCGAGGUAGUGGACAUUAUAAUAAGAAUCCCUGCCAAGAAUGUGAAGGAGAAGGUCAGACGGUGCAACGUCGUCAAGUGUCCUUCAACGUUCCAGCUGGCACGAAUAACGGUGACAGUUUGAAAUUCCAAGUUGGCAAAAAUCAGGUCUUCGUUCGGUUCAACGUGGCACCGUCGCUGAAAUUCCGUCGAGAAAAGGACGAUAUUCAUUGUGAUGUGGAGAUCUCAUUAGCACAGGCGGUACUCGGUGGAACUGUUAAAGUACCUGGAAUCAAUGGAGACACCUAUGUUCAUAUUCCAGCCGGAACUGGUAGUCAUACCAAAAUGAGAUUAACCGGUAAAGGAGUCAAACGACUACACUCAAUAGGCCACGGUGAUCAAUACAUGCACAUCAAAGUCGCGGUGCCGAAAUAUUUGACAGCCGAACAGAAGGCAAUAAUGCUCGCAUGGGCGGAGACGGAAAAACUGAAGGAUGGAACGAUUAAAGGACUGGAAAAUGUGGAAAAAUCGUCAACGGAGAAAAAGACAGAGGAGGAGAAGAAGACGAAGAAGGAAGGUGCAUCAGAGCAAAACCACAAAAAACGCAAAGAGCCGGUGGUGGAAAAAGCGGAAACUAUCGAUGACGAAAAUCAAGAAAACGAGGGAUUUUUAGGCAAAAUUAAGCGGAAAAUUUUCGGAUAA